UGAGGAGGGCGCUCUAUGUCUGCAUUGGCUGCUAAAAGCAGAUGAUUGCGUCCAUCUCGCUUGUGCCCAAGUCUGCCCACUCAUCGCGCUCAACCAUCUCCGUGUGCUGUUUUGAUACACACCGCAGUCAUUUCUCCGACUGGAUGUUCUCUAAAGGUCAACGGAUUAGGUUAAGGCCGAGAUAUUUUGCAACAGAACGUCUCUGGUUACGAUUUCUUUAUUCACUUCCGUAAACACCAUCACACGACAAUGUAACUUCCUGUCUUUACCGGAAGUCUUUAUUGUUCCUGGUGUCGUCGUGGACAGAAAAACGGGAGCUCAGUGGAAAUAUUCGAAUUUCAAAGAACUGGUAUUUAAUAACUACACCUGAUUGGGACUGUAUUCGGUUUAAGACAUAGCCCGAUAACAAUGGCGUACGCGUACCUCUUCAAGUACAUUAUUAUCGGAGAUACGGGUGUGGGGAAAUCCUGCCUCCUAUUACAGUUCACAGAUAAGCGCUUUCAGCCAGUACACGACCUAACCAUCGGCGUUGAAUUCGGGGCACGGAUGAUCACUAUAGAUGGCAAACAAAUUAAACUCCAGAUCUGGGACACAGCUGGCCAAGAAUCAUUCCGCUCCAUCACCAGGUCCUACUACAGAGGAGCAGCGGGAGCCCUGCUGGUGUAUGACAUCACAAGAAGGGACACGUUCAAUCACUUGACAACCUGGCUGGAAGACGCCCGUCAACAUUCCAACUCCAAUAUGGUCAUCAUGCUCAUCGGGAACAAGAGCGACCUGGAGUCUCGACGAGAAGUGAAGAAGGAGGAAGGUGAAGCGUUUGCGAGGGAACAUGGCCUCGUCUUCAUGGAAACCUCCGCGAAAACAGCUUCAAACGUCGAAGAGGCCUUCAUCAACACAGCCAAGGAGAUUUACGAGAAGAUCCAGGAAGGAGUCUUUGAUAUCAAUAACGAAGCAAAUGGCAUCAAAAUUGGACCCCAACACGCUGCCACCAAUUCUUCCCUUCCAGGCAGCCAGGGUGCACAGCAAGCUGGUGGGGGCUGUUGCUGAGCACUGCUCCUCUCCUCACCUUUCCAUCAUGCUAAGUAGGCUAGGGCUAAUGCUCGUUAGCCUCCAUCAAGAUGAAGAAACGAAGAGAAGAAAGAAGAUGAAACUACAUUAUAUAUUUAUUGUUAUCAAUCUGUAUAUGUAGCUAUGGUGUACAUUGACUGAGCUAGGUCUCUGUAUUGAAUUUUUCUAAAGCUCAAUACUGUAAGGAGCUAGCUUGAAAAGUGCUACAUUAUUGCUGCCAUUUAACACCUGCUUUGGCCACUACAGGAGGUAACAUUUUACGGUGAUGUCUUUUCAGUUGUUCCUGUCAUAUAACCUCUAUUCUUUCUUGGCCCUCUGACCUAUGUACAGAAACUCUGUCUUCUUAUUCCGAACUGCCAAAUUUGUGUUUAUCUAUGUUUUGUUAUUAAUUCAGAAAUAAGUUAACUUCUCCAGAUAGAUCUGCUGUUUGCCUUAAAAAUAGACUUUUGGAUGACAAAAAAACGCUUAACCACCACAAACAUACCAUUUAUUCACGUUAUGAAUCACAGAGAUCUCUCUCCCUACUUCAGGACGUUGGAGUACAUUUGCACUCAUAGCUUGUAAUCAGUCCACAUACAUUAAUGCAUAUCAUGCAUACUGUUUUUUCAAUUAGUAUAUCUUUUCUUAAUUUUAGUCUGCUGUGUAAUGUCAGUGCAAAUCAAUAUUACGUGUAAGAGUGGUUGUGUAAUGAUAUGACUUGUUUUGGCAGUAUGACCAGUAUGGUGAACAUCUUUGUCGUGAAAGGGGUAUGACAAAAAGCCAAACCAUAAGUAUCUUUGUGACCCUAUAACCUUUAUUUGCUGUGUUCAGAAAAUAAAUACUGUCACGAUGAAAUAUAAUAAAACCCUCUGAAUUAAAAAGUAA